AUGACCGGAAUCGCUGACGACAUCAUAGUGUAUGGUUACAAGAGCGACCAUAGUGACCAUGAUGAGAACCUACAUGCAGUCAUGCAGCGUGCCCGUGAAACUGGCCUGAAGUUCAACAUAGAGAAAUGCCAAAUUAGAUGCGAAUCUAUACCCUUCUUUGGUCAUGUUGUUGGUGCAGAUGGUCUUCGGCCUGACCAGAAGAAAGUUGAGGCUAUUCGUUCCAUGGAUCCGUCAAACAAUGUUGCUGACCUUCGAACAUUUCUUGGUAUGGUGCAAUUCCUGAGUCGCUUCGUACCAGAUUUGGCGACAUUGGCAACAGACCUAUGCAAUGGGCACUAACGAAGACCACUAGUGAAUUUGUUUGGAGUCCAGAACACGAUAUCGCGGUGGAUAGGAUCAAGAAAGCAAUCACCUCUCCAAAGUCCCUGGAAUACUUCAAUAGCUCAGAGCCUGUUACAAUCCAAGUGGAUGCAUCGCAGCGCGGUAUUGGAGCCGUCCUCCUCCAGGACAAAGGUCCAGUAGAGUUUGCAAGCAAACUUCUAACAGAGACAGAGACUCGAUACUCUAAUAUUGAACGAGAAAUGCUUGCUGUUCUUUUUGGUUUCGAGAAGUUUCACUAUUAUGUAUAUGGCAGACCUGUUGUUAUUCAUACCGAUCACAAGCCCCUGGAGGCUAUAUUUAAGAAGGAUCUUGCCAACGCACGCCUCGCAUUUCACGAAUGA